CUUCUUCCACCGCCAACAAUCAUCGGGCGGUCGCGAUCUCUCCGCCCUUUGAAAUCCGUACUACUUCCCGCUUCCCUUAAAGCUCUCACUCUGUGACUUCUUUGGGAAGUUAACCACAUUGGCUUAUUGCAACGGAAUUCGAUUAGGGUUUGGCCUGAAAAUGUCGGCCCGGAACCGCCGUCCACCGCUGUUGUCAUCCUCGUCGUCCGCGGCCAAGAAGCCCUCCGUUUCGCAUCGUCCGAACAAGAAGCCCUCCGUUUCGCAUCAUCCGAACAAGAAGCCCAUGGCGGCCAAGACCCAAGUGUCCAAGAAGCGAACUGCUCUCGCUGACGUCACGAACCAGAGGAAUGGGUCUCAAAUCGUUCCACCGAGUUCCACUUCGUUGAAGCCCAUGGUGCCAUGUCAAACUGAAGUUGCUAAGAUGGCAACGAAAGCGUCAUCUUGCACGAGUAAGACUGGCGUCUCGUGGAGCGAUGAAUCGUUGAGUUCAAAACCAAGCAUCUUGGUUCCUUUCAGUGGUACAUCAGUCUCAGGAACUGAUCCAACUAUCAAAGUAAUUGGCACUGAUCCUUCUCCAAGCAGCAGCGGUACUUUUCUUCCUGCUCCCAGUUGCAUAAAUCAUGCAUUCAGAAGCAGGGAUGUAUCUCCAAGCAGAUCAGUUAGUGCUUCAGUUUCUUUGAAUGAGAGCAUGUCUACGUGUGAUUCGUUAAAGAGUCCAGAAUUUGAAUAUAUUGACAAUGAGGAUGUUUCAGAAGUUAAAUCGAUUGGGAAAAAAACAACUAAGAGCCUAUUCAUUUCGGACUAUCCAGGAAAAGAAGGCAAUAUCUGGAAGAAAGAUAUAUUUGUUGAUAUGGAGGCAACAGAUAAAGUCGUUGAUAUUGAUGCCAAUCUUUUGGAUCCACAGUUUUGUGCAACCAUUGCUCCAGACAUAUACAAGCACUUGCGUGAAUCUGAGGAAAAUAGAAGGCCCUUCAUGGACUUUAUGGAAACAAUCCAGAAAGACAUCAAUGCUGACAUGCGUGCUAUUCUGAUUGAUUGGCUAGUAGAGGUUGCUGAAGAGUUCAGGCUGGUACCAGAAACACUAUAUCUAACUAUCAACUAUGUAGACCGUUAUCUUUCUGGCAAUGUGAUGCAUAGGAAACAAUUGCAGUUGCUGGGUCUUGCAUGCAUGAUGAUUGCAGCUAAAUACGAGGAGAUUAUUGCUCCUGAGGUGGAACAGUUCUGUUACUUUACGGACAACACAUACGUUAAAGAGGAGGUUUUGCAAAUGGAAUCCUCUGUCCUGAAUCACUUGAAGUUUGAAAUGACAUCUCCAACGCCCAUGUGCUUUUUAAGGCGAUUUUGUUUUGCUGCUCAAAAGACCAGUGAGGUUCCAUCAGAGCAUUUCUGGUGCUUGGCCUCUUACAUCGCGGAGUUGUCUCUUGUAGAAUAUAGCAUGCUUUGUUAUGCCCCAUCUCUAAUAGCUGCUUCUGCUGCCUUCUUGGCAAAGUAUAUUCUUUCCCCUUUGAAGAAACCUUGGAAUUCUACGCUGAGACGCUACACCCUUUACCAAGCCUCAGAUUUGAGUGAUUGUGUCAAAGCACUGCAUCAUCUGUGUUGUAAUGGCUGUGGUUCGAACUUACCUGCAGUUAGGGAGAAGUACAGUCAACAUAAGUAUAAAUUCGUGGCGAAGAAGUACUGUCCUCUGUCAAUACCUCCAGAGUUGUUCCAGGAUUUCAGUGACUAGAAGCUCACAUGACGUGUGUUGAUGAGUUGUGAGACCUUUUCUCUAAUAGUGUUAGAAUCUUGAUGAUUUUUUGCUACUUUGGUCUACUUCAUUUUUGUAGUCUACCUUUGCUGUGUAUUUGUUUGUAUGAUGUUUUGCUUGCAAGGUAGAACGAAAAGAUAGUUGGUCUGGACUCUGGACUGGAUAGAGAAUUACUCUGCCCACGUAGUCAUUUUAUCGGUGGAUUUCUUCAAUGAAUUUGUAUACUAAGCUGGAUAUGGAACCAUCAAUAGUUAUAUAUAUACAUAUAUUUUAUAUUUAA